UAUUUUCCAUCAUUAUUUUAUGCUUGAACGUUGCAUGAAACAGUUGAAUGUACGAAUGUAUGAAUAAUAUUUGCUAUUUUCGUUCAUGUCGAUUAAAUUUUAUAUCACCUUAUUUUAAACAAAAUUCAAUUUUUAUAAACAUGACGUUUAUUGCCGACGUUCCUCGACGUACAUCGACGAUUUUAAAGAAAGCAGAAAAUUCUAUAUGUCAGGAUGAGAAUUUUGUAUAUCUGCAAUCACGUAAAGUGCGUCCUAUGGUAUACUCUAAACCUUAUAAGAAACCAACCUUGAAAAUUGAGUCAGAGACCACAUAUGGUUUGUCAUAUAUGAAAUACAAUUGUAUUUCUAAACCAAGAUUUCAUUACGGGCUACACGAAAAGAUAGUGCCUAGUAAAACUGGAAAAUUCGACUUCGACACGGUGAAUAAACUUUCGUACCAAGCUGCAACUAGAAAAUUGCGUAGAGCUUUCGUUCCAACAUCAUGUUUAUCUAUCAGUGGUUCUCACGACAUGACGACUACUUUCAAGCAAUCUUACUUAGAUCCUGGAUACGUGAAAACAAUGUCUUAUAAACCGUACCAAGGAAAAGCUCAGCAUCCAAUACCAGUGGAUUAUAACACAGUAACGAAGGAAUCUUAUCAAGAUUUUGGUAUUCCUAUAGUUGGAAGACCACGAAAGAGGAAAUUCUGGCAAACUAAAUUCAAAACAGACUAUCACACUACAAAUCAAUUGUCGUAUCAAUACGUAGAGCCAUCUUCGAAAAGGGUUCAUGUAUGCUAUCGACCAGUGAUAUCUGCUCAAAUCGAGAAAGACACUGUUUAUAGUACGAGUUAUCAAGUUCGUGGUCGUUGCGUAGCUAAAGAUGAUGUAGUUUGUGAAUGACAUUGUAUACGUGUAAUAUAUCUAAUUUUGUGGAAAAUCGUUCGUUAAUUAUUAAAGUAAUAAUA